AUGGCAGACCAUCUUGACUUCGUUAUUUGUCGCACUUGUACUACGCAGUACAAUACGGCAGACCCAGCAACAUUAAACAAUCGAUGCGAAAUCUGUAAUGAUUUUCGCUGCAUGGUUUUAGUCCCAGGUCAGUCUUGGAGCUCCUUGCGCAAGCUCCAAGACGCUGGACACAAACUCAAGCGUGCAAAGCUUGAGGACGAUAGAAUCACAAUGAUUGAAAUAGAACCCAAGUUCGGGCUUGUUGGCCAGAGAGCAAUGCUCUUACAAACGCCACAUGGAAACGUUCUUUGGGACCUUGUAACGUACUUGGACCAGGAAGCUAUUGAUUGGAUCAAAUCUAUUGGCGGACUCAAAGCCAUCAUCAUAUCGCAUCCACAUUACUAUACCUCAAUGAAUGAAUGGCGGAUGGCAUUUGAUUGUCCAGUGUAUGCGGCCCCCGAAGACCAAGAGUGGCUGAAGAACACUCCAGCAGAUGAGAAAGUAACUUUUCUUCAUCAGGAGGUAACAGAGAUUCUGCCAGGAGUGACAGCUCUUAAGGUUGGCGGUCAUUUCCCCGGCAGCUUUGUCCUGCACUGGGAGAACCAUAUUUUCCAUGCAGAUUCCUUUGAGACCACAUGGACGGUUAACGCCGGCGAUCUCAAGCCGGCGAUUGCACCGGGGGCCAGCGUCUAG